CAUUUUAUUGGAGUUUUCGAUAAAGUAAAGAGAGAAGAAAACGUCAAAUCUCCUCACUCUCCCUGUCCUAGACACUUGACUUGAGAGCGCUUCAUUGAGGGAAAAGUCGAAAGCGAAGGGUGGGUAGGAUAAGCCGCGUGAUGGGUGUAGUUUAGGAGAUUCUUGCCUCUCUCUGCUGAUUUGUGGGUUAUGGCGGAAGGACUUUGAACUCAAAACUGCUCAUUUUUGCACAUUUCUUCACCUGGGUUUUGCUUGUUCCGUUGGUUGGAUUGUGUUUUUCUAAACAAUGGCAACUGCUGUGCAUUUUAGCAGCUGUGAGAGAAGGAGGAGAGGAGCAGUUAGAGUAACUUUGUUCUUGCUUUAUUUCUGGGGUUCUCUAAUCUCGCUAUCUUGCGCCGCUAGGCUAUCAGCAGUCACCAGACAGAAGCUUGAGGUAGAGAAACACUUGAAAAGGCUCAAUAAACCUCCCAUUAAAAGCAUUCAGAGUCCAGAUGGAGAUAUCAUUGACUGUGUCCACAUCUCUCACCAGCCAGCUUUUGACCACCCAUUCCUUAAAGAUCACAAAAUUCAGAUGAGGCCUAGCUAUCAUCCAGAAGGGCUUUACGACGAUAAUAAGAUGUCCACGGGGUCUAAAGAAAGAACAAAACCAUUGACUCAGUUGUGGCAUAUGAAUGGAAGAUGUCCUGAAGACACGAUUCCAGUAAGGAGAACAAAGAAAGACGAUGUUUUAAGGGCAAGUUCAGUGAAAAGAUAUGGAAAGAAGAAGCGUAACAACAUUCCGAAGCCCAGGUCCUCAGAUCCUGACUUCAUCAAUCAAAGUGGCCAUCAGCAUGCAAUAGCUUAUGUUGAAGGUGACAAGUAUUAUGGAGCAAAGGCAACUAUUAAUGUUUGGGAACCCAAAAUACAGCAGCCAAAUGAGUUCAGCUUGUCUCAGAUUUGGUUACUUGGUGGUUCUUUUGGUCAAGAUUUGAACAGCAUUGAAGCUGGUUGGCAGGUUAGCCCGAACCUAUAUGGUGACAAUAACACGAGACUGUUCACUUACUGGACUAGUGAUGCAUAUCAAGCCACAGGCUGCUACAAUCUCCUCUGCUCGGGUUUCAUUCAAAUCAACAGUGAAAUAGCGAUGGGAGCUAGCAUCUCACCUGUUUCUGCCUUAAGAAAUUCCCAAUAUGAUAUAAGUCUUCUUAUCUGGAAGGAUACAAAAGAAGGGCAUUGGUGGAUGCAAUUUGGGAAUGAUUAUGUCUUAGGGUAUUGGCCAUCAUUCUUGUUCUCCUACUUGGCAGACAGUGCUUCAAUGAUUGAAUGGGGUGGGGAGGUAGUGAAUUCAGAACCAGAUGGUCAACAUACUGCAACACAAAUGGGCAGUGGUCAUUUCCCUGAAGAAGGUUUUGGCAAGUCAAGUUAUUUCAGGAACAUUCAAGUGGUUGAUAGCUCCAACAAUCUCAAGUCUCCCAAAAGUCUUGGCUCCUUUACUGACCAAUCGAAUUGCUAUGAUGUUCAAACAGGAGAUAAUGAUGAUUGGGGUCAUUACUUUUACUAUGGAGGUCCUGGUAGAAACCCCAAUUGCCCAUGAAGUUUAAAACCCCACUGUAAAAUAUAGUAUAGUCUGAUGCUUUAUCUUUCAUUUGUAUACCCCUAUCUUGAUUCUUAUUUUAUAGGUUUGAGUCAGUGAGUGUGAACUUUUCUGUAGUGGGAAGUUUUGACAUUUUUAAAGGUUCUCUCCAUGCUAGUGAAUGGGGGAAGUGUGGCCUGGUUUCUCAAAAAGCUAGAAAGAAACAAAGGCCUUUUGUCAUCUUCUUGUAUUUUAUUGUUUGUUUACAAGAUACUCCAUACUUUGGAGUAUCUAGUCUAAUGGACAGUGAAUUGUAGGCUUUUAUUCAUUGUAUGCCACCAAGAAGUGAUUAAUA